AUGGAUCCCAUUACCUUUUCGGACAACUCGCCUCUGCAGCGGGUGGAUCCGGAGAUCCACAACCUGAUUAGGGAGAAGAAGCGGCAGUUCUGCGGGAUUGAGCUGAGCCCCUCCGACAUCUUCACCUCCUUCACCGUCAACGAGGCCCUCAGCUACGCCCUCACCAACAAAAACUCCAAUGACGUGCCCAGCAACCACAGCUGCUACGGCGGCAGCCAGCUCAUUGAUGCGUUCAAGGACCUCGGAGGCACCCGCGCCCUCCAGGCCUUCGGCCUCGACCCCGCCUGCUGGGGCGUCAUCAUCCAGGCCUACUCCAGCUCCCCUGCCAAGGUCGCCACCUACACUGCCUUCCUCGAGCCCCAUAGCCGCAUCAUGGGUCUCAACCUCCCCUCCGGCCCCCUACUCAUCCAUGGCUAUGACAUCUCCGGCAGCAAGAAGAUCUACUUUGAGAGCCUCCCCUUCGACAUCGACCCCUCCACCAGCUAUAUCGACUACGACAAGCUCAAGGAGAAGGCCCUAGACUUCUGCCCCGACCUCAUCAUCUGUGGCAGCAGCACCUACCCCCGCGACUGGGACUAUGCCCGCUUCCACUCCAUUGCCAACAACUGCAGCGCCCUCCUGCUCUGCGACAUGGCCAACAUCAGUGGACUCGUCGCCGCUAAGGAAGCUAAGAACCCAUUUGAGUUCUGCGACGUCAUCACGACAACAACAACUGAGAGCUCGAGGGCUCUGAUGGCUGGGAUGAUCUUCUACAGGAAGUGCCAUCCCGCACUUUAUGACUUUGAGGACAAGACCGCAGUUUUCCCCUCUCUUCAGUGUGGCCUUCAGAUACACCAGAUUGGCGUUCUGGCCGUUUCCCUAAAGCAGGCCAUGUCUCCUCAGUUCAAGCCCUAUGCCAAGCAAGUCAAGGCCAAUGCUGUUGCUCUUGGGAACUACCUCAUGAGGAAGGGUUACAAGCUCGUGACUGGUGGAACUGAUAACCAUCUUGUUCUUUGGGACCUUCGUCCUCUUAGAUUGACCGGAAAUAAGGUCAAGAAACUUUGCAAUCGCUGCGGUAUUACCUUGAGCAAGAAUGCUGUAUUUGGUUACAGCAGUGUCAAGGAACCGAGAGGAGUACUUGUUGGAACUCAUGCCAUGACCUGUAGGGGCCUCGUGGAGAAGGACUUUGAGCAAAUCGGGGAAUUCCUCCACCGGGCCGUGACCAUUACCUCGACCAUCCAAAAGCAGCACGGGAAGCGGAAGCGGAUGAAGGACUUCGACAAGGGUCUAGACAACAACGAGGACAUUAAGGCCCUCAAGGUCGAUGUUGAGAAGUUUAGCUUGCUCCAUUGA